GGGGGCUUUUCCAGCCUCAGUUUCUGUGAAUUACCUCGGCCGGGCUGCGAGCUCGGGCUCCCCCAGGACCCUCCCCGGGGCCCUGCGGAGCCGGGAACAGGACUCACUGUCCCCGGGCAGGACUCACUGUCCCCGGGCACGGUGUGCACCCGGGACCGGCACAGCCCCAGCCGGGACCCGCAGCGCACCCCCUGUGCUGCCAGCCCGGGGAAAAGCCUUCUGGUGCACGGUACAAACACGAUCCUCACCCCGGAGCGGGCUGGUGCCGUCCCGCACCCCCUGUGCUGCCAGCCCGGGGAAAAGCCUCCUGGUGCACGGUACAAACACGAUCCUCACCCCGGAGCGGGCUGGUGCCUUCCCGCGGGGUUCCCGCAGCGCAGUCUGUGCGCUCUGAGCCCUGUUUGAUGGGAUAAUGCGCUCGUUUGAUCAGAUAAAGGCGCGUUCCGUGUAUUUGUCAGGAAGCGAUGGGUGGCGGUGUUUGUGGAGAGGAGGAGGCAGCUCGGUGUCAGGAGCAGCCUUUGAUCGCGGGGAUGCGGCAGGAGCCGAGCGCAGCCGCUGCUCUCCGAGCGCUGGGAACCUCUCGGCGAUCCCGGCGCUGGGAGAAGCCGGGUGUUAAAGCGUUAAUGGCUCAUUUGUAAAGCAGCAGGGGCUUUGCAGCCCCCAGGGGAAGGGGGCAGUUUCGGGGAAUGUGGAGGCCGAAUCUCUCCACGAGAGCAGCCCGGGGGCAGGCGGGAUGAGGAGCCUCACAAAACCGACCUCGGUUUAGCAAACAGGCUGGGUUUGGAUGAGGAAAGAGGCCGAUAUAAAGCAGAUCCUGCAGGUGGGAUAAUGCUUUUUAUCAGGCCAUGUUCUCCUCUGCACAGCUGGCUCAGGUGUGACACCUCCUCCCGGGGAGGUAUCGGGACAUUCCCCGCUAGGCAUGGGGGCUUUUGUCCCUUCUCACGGGCCAUGUGUGACUCAGCUGUCCCUCAGGUGGGAUGGGAGAUGGUCCUGGAGCUGAAAAUGUCCCACAGGGAGCUGUGGUGUCACCUCCCAAGCUCCGGAGCCCUCACUCGCGUCCCCCCGAGCUUUGCCCCACCGCCCCCUGCGCUGUCGCUGAGUGUCUUUGUCCUGCAGAGAGAUGCCAAGGGCCAGUACCUGUUUGACCUUCUCUGCCACCACCUGAACCUGCUGGAGAAGGAUUACUUCGGCAUCCGCUUUGUGGACCCCGACAAGCAAAGGCACUGGCUGGAGUUUACCAAGUCGGUUGUGAAGCAGAUGCGGGCCCAGCCUCCCUUCACCAUGUGCUUCCGUGUCAAGUUUUACCCCACGGACCCCGCGGCGCUGAAGGAGGAGAUCACCAGGUACUUGGUGUUCCUGCAGAUCAAGAGGGAUCUGUACCACGGGCGGCUCCUGUGCAAGACGUCGGACGCGGCGUUGCUGGCUGCCUACAUCCUGCAGGCUGAGAUUGGUGACUACGACCCAGGGAAGCACCCGGAAGGCUACAGCUCCAAGUUCCAGUUCUUCCCCAAACACUCGGAGAAGCUGGAGAGGAAAAUCGCGGAGAUCCACAAGUCGGAGCUGAGUGGGCAGACACCAGCUACUUCAGAGCUGAAUUUCCUCAGGAAAGCCCAGACUCUGGAGACUUACGGGGUUGACCCACACCCGUGCAAGGACGUGUCCGGCAACGCGGCGUUCCUGGCCUUCACCCCCUUCGGCUUCGUGGUCCUGCAGGGAAACAAGAGAGUUCACUUCAUCAAGUGGAACGAGGUGACCAAGAUGAAAUUCGAAGGGAAGACUUUCUAUCUGUACGUAAGUCAGAAGGAGGAGAAGAAAAUCGUUCUAACCUAUUUUGCGCCGACACCAGAAGCCUGCAAACACCUCUGGAAGUGUGGGAUCGAGAACCAGGCUUUCUACAAGUUGGAGAAGUCGAGCCAGGUGCGGACGGUGUCCAGCAGCAACCUGUUCUUCAAGGGCAGCCGCUUCCGCUACAGCGGCCGCGUCGCCAAGGAGGUGAUGGAGUCCAGCGCCAAGAUCAAGAGGGAGCCCCCCGAGAUUCACCGGGCCGGGCUGGUGCCGAGCCGGAGCUGCCCCUCCAUCACCCACGGGCCCCGGCUGAGCAGCGUGCCCCGCACCCGGCGGAGAGCCGUCCACAUCUCCAUCAUGGAAGGCCUGGAGUCCCUCCGUGACAGCGCCCACUCCACCCCGGUGCGCUCGGCUUCCCACGGCGACGCCUUCGCGGGUCCCGGCCGGGGCGGCCGCGCCGAGAGCAGCGAGCGGGUGGCCGUGAUCGCCGACGAGAGCUACAGCCCCGCCGACAGCGUGCUGCCCACGCCCGUGGCCGAGCACAGCCUGGAGCUGAUGCUGCUGUCCCGCCAGGCCAACGGGGCCCCGUGCAGCAUCGAGGAGGAGAAGGAGUCGGAGGCGGGCACGCCGGCGGCGGAGGCGGAGGGCGAGCUGCGGGCGCUGUGCCCGGGCGCCGGCGGCCUGGGGCCGGCACAGGCCCAACAGGUGAAUAAGUUUCUUUUAAGUGUCCUCCGUUUGCUCCUUGUGACAGUUGGACUCCUCUUUGUUUUGCUCCUCCUCCUGAUCGUCCUUACCGAGUCCGACCUUGACACUGCCUUUUUCCGUGAUAUCCGCCAGACCCCAGAGUUCGAGCAGUUCCAUUACCAAUACUUUUGUCCCCUCAGGCGAUGGUUUGCCUGCAAGCUCCGCGCCGUGGUAAACCUGCUCAUUGACACCUGAAGGCAGGAGCCACCACGGGGGCCUGGACCUGCCGCCGGCACUCACUAACCCUCCCCUCCCGACCCACAGCCCGGCCGGCCGAGGAGGCGGCUUUCCGGGAGGAAGAGGAGGGUGGGCGCAGCCCCCGGAGCCCCCUCCUCCCCGUGCUCCCACCCCCGGAGCCCGCACACCUCCCACCCCGAUCCCCCGCGCACGACUUGGGAAGCACCGAGCAGAGGGGAAUUCGCUGCUCCGCCGCCCGCGCAGCGGCCGGGGCUGGCGGGGCCGUUCCGCAGGAGCUUUAGCAAUGGUGCUACUGAGGUUUCAUUUAACACUCGUGUACUGUUACGGUAUUCGGUCCGCACUGUGCCCGCCGCCCCCGCCCUCCACGAAGCGCUUGGCAGAGCCCGCCCCGCUCCCCGGAGCCUCCUGCGGGGGGACGCGGCCGCCCCGGGUCCCCUCCCCGCAGCGCGGCCGCCCGGAGCCCUCGCCCUGCUGCGGGCUCGGCCCUUCGCCUCUUUUCUAAGCCUUGAAGCGUCGGUGCUCCCGGGGGCAGGGGAGCACGGAAGCCAGGGGACGCCGGGCACGCGCGGCCAAACCUGGCGUGGAGCUGGAGUGACUGUGUCAGAUUUACUGGGAUGACCUUUACCCUCCGCCAGCUGUACCUGUUUUGUAAAAAAAAACCAAGCAAAAAGGAAAAAAAAAAACAACCAAAAAAGAAGAAAAAAAAAGAGACAUUUCAAGGUCUAUUUUAACAAGGAAAUGCUAUUUUGUUAUCAAAUCUAAUCCAGUCUUUUUUUACUUUACGGAUGGGGUGACCGUGGGUGCCGGUACCGAGCGGCUCCCAGUAAUGGUUUAAGAGUAAACGCCGGGAGCCCAACGCCAGCCGAGCCCUGCUGCGUUUGGGACAGAGAAGGAGCUCUGGUUUUGGGACUGUUCCCCGGAGGACACGAGUUCAGAAGCGCAGGUGACACUGAAGAAGCCAAGGGCCACCUUUAGCCCUGAGUGUCGUUGAGUGCAAGUCAAUAAACCCAAGUCACGGCACCGCUGGUCACCAGGAGCAGCAGCCCAUCCACAGGGAGCAAUAACAGCCAGUUCUGGUCAGGUUGGGGUGACAAGUUGGACAUAUCAGAAAAAAAAAAUCAAAAAAAAAAAAGAAAAGAAAAAAAAAACCAACAAAAAAAAAGGGUAAACACAGUUGAGCAAGUUUAAUUUCAUCUCAGGGAGAGAUUUUUCCGUAAGCUGGGGCCAUAACUGCAGUUUUACAAAGCCUGAUGUCCGUGUUGUCUCUGAGCAUCCACCACCCACCGGUGACCAAGGGCCACACGGGCUCUUGUCACUGCAAUAAGGGGAGAGGUCCCGUCGGGGGACACAGUCCCCCUGGCCAGGGCAUGGCCUGAUCACAGCACGAGGCCCGAGGAGGGGCUGGGGCCCAGCCCUGGCUCCAGAGCAAGGCAGGAACCCUCGGGGAAGGAUCCAGAAACCCUCCGGGAAGGAUCCAGGAUCCCUCCAGGGAGGAUCAGGAACCCUCGGGGAAGGAUCCAGGAUCCCUCCAGGGAGGAUCAGGAACCCUUGGGGAAGGAUCCAGGAACCCUCGGGGAAAGAUCCAGGAACUCUCCAGGAAGGAUCCAGGAACCCUCCAGGAAGGAUCCAGGAUCCCUCCAGGAAAGAUCCAGGAACUCUCCAGGAAGGAUCCAGGAUCCCUCCAGGAAAGAUCCAGGAACCCUCCAGGGAGGAUCAGGAACCCUCGGGGAAGGAUCCAGAAACUCUCCAGGAAGGAUCCAGGAUCCCCCCAGGAAGGAUCCAGGAACUCUCCAGGAAGGCUCCAGGAGGUGGAGGAGAGAUUUUUUUAACAUGAUAAUCCUGUUUUAUGCAACAUAGCGAAAUUAACUCUUAGUGUAGUGUUCCUACCUCAGCCCAUAGCGCUGAUGUUUCUAUGCAGUUGUGCUCGUCCCGACGCUGACAUUUUUUACCCCUGGGUUAACGCUGCAGUGUCGUCCUUCCUCCUCCUCCUCCUCCUCCUCCUCUCCUCACUGCAAUGUUCUGUGUGACGUGUGACAGCACAGCUCCAUCCCUUGGGAACAUCCUCCGAGCCCCCACCUGGGCCCUCCCACCUUGGCUUUCCUCGGGUAACGCUCUGUGCCAGCCCCAGGUCACCUCUGCCGUUGUCACCCAGCGUUUUACUGCAGAACCACGAGAAUUGGUGAUUUUCCCCUCUACGUUUCUCCCGUCUGUCCCAGAUCCUGCCGUGUGUUUCAGGCCCUGUUAGUUUUACCCGUCUUUCUAUCAAAAUGUUGUUUCUGUAGGUUCUGAGAUCAGAAACCCAUGAAUCUCGUCCUAGCAUACUGCAUCUUUCAGCAGUAGACAGUAAAAUACCUGAAAAUGUGAAUUUCUUAGUUUUCAUAAAGAAAACAUAGAGAUUAACCUUUCAUGUGCCAAAUACUGUAAGUUACAUCUUUUUUUCCUUCAAAAUGUACCUUUUUCUACAUAUCCAAUACCUUAGUUAGCAUAAAAUCAUUGGUGCCAUGAAAAGUAUUUUUAAAUUUAAAUAAAUAUUUAAAUAUCAUGAAAA